UGUGGCAUUAAGAUGAUUCACUCUGUGGUUAAAACUAAAAACAAAAAAGACCAUUGACGCAUGCGCUCUACACUACAUCCUCGCCACACACAAAAAACGUUCCACCUUUUACCACACACUUGAGACAAAAUAAAUAGUCCAGAAUUAACCUCAACUUUAAACGCGCAAUGCUAAAGAUAAGUGAAGCAUGCAGUUAAGCAAGAAACAACGGCAGAGUGAGCCCUCCUGUAUGCGACUUAACCAGGUGGAACAGAACUUCGGGACCAAAGGUUCCGCCUUUGGGAUAGUCGGAGUUAUUUUGCUGAAGGAUUUGUGAGAUGAACCUAACGUGCCUGCGUGCUAGUGAAAAAUGUGGUUGUAAAUUCAUAAUUAAAGCCAUUUAAACGGAAGAAGACAUGGCUUCACCGACCUACGGCGCGUGUGUCCUCUGUCAGAGGGCGGUUGUCGUGAAGAUAAUGAGCAGGGGAAUGAGUGCAGCGGCUCAGUCCCAGGCCGCUUUCCUGAAAGGAGAAUCCCACAAGAAGCAUCCAGGUGUGACCAACCUGAAAACUCUGCGCCUACCGGACGAACUCCAGACGGCUGCACGGUCGAUUAUUCACAGAGCUCGGGUGGCUCAGCUUACCGACCGCUCUCGAAGCCUCACAAACUUCCUGUGGAGCAAAAAAAGAGCCGUCGAGGAUUCGACUCUGAGGCAGAAAGCUGUGAGCCUGGAGAAAGAACUUUGGGAGAAAGCGAUGGAGAAGAGAGGAGAUAUGGAUGAAGAAUUGCUUGAAGACCGAAUCAAGAAGAAAGUGUUUUCAGAGCUCAGAAAAACUACAUAUCACUGGACUCCCAUGAAGUAUGAUGAAGAGUUGGCUGUGGUGUACAUGGCGGCUCGGCUGGCUGGAGGCUAUGCAGCAGUGAGGAGAGCUAUGAAUGAGAUCCUGAAGAGGGAUCCCUCUUUUGCCCCUCAGACUCUCCUGGAUUUUGGCUCGGGGCUGGGAACAGUGGUCUGGGCGUCACACUCGUGCUGGGGCGACACUCUGAAGGAGAUGGUGUGCGUGGACAGCUCCGGGCCCAUGAACGUCCUGGCAGAACGACUUCUUAAAGUGUUUUUGUUGUUGUUUUUUUCAUGUCGAGCAGGUGACGACGAAAGAGCCGAACCUCACAUCAAACAAGUCUAUUUCAGACAGUUCCUCCCUGUCUCUCCGAAGGUGCAGUUUGACGUGGUGGCCGCCGCCUUCACCCUGUCGGAGCUCCUAAAUGCGAAGGACCGAGAAGAGGCGGUGAUGACUCUGUGGAGGAAGACGAGCUCGUACCUGGUUCUGGUGGAAAAUGGGACCAAAGAUGGCCAUCAGAUGCUUAUGGAGGCCAGAGCCACUUUAUUAAAGAAACAAGACAAGAUCGUCCACGACAGCAGACCAGCGUCGGUGUUCGCUCCGUGUCCUCAUGAACUGACGUGUCCUAAACUGGCCCUUAAACCCACCACACCCUGCAACUUCCAGCAGAAGUACACCCCGCUGCCUCUCCCGGGGCACAACGAGCGGCAGACGGAGAAGUUCAGCUACCUGAUUGUGAGUCGGACGGAACCGGCGGAGGCGGAAGGCGAAGGCGUGGACUGGGCCAGGCUGAUCGCACCGGUGCAGAGCAGAAGCAGACACGUCCACUGUCGCAUGUGCUGCCCCGAUGGACGCCUGCAACACCUGGUGGUGACGGCACGGAAACAGAGCCGAGACGUGUACCGCUGUGCCCGGAGCAGCGACUGGGGAGAUCAACUGCCAAUCAUCCAGAGAGUCGACGACGACCGCAGUGAUUCAGAGUGAUGAGUCAGCAACUUAGGAGACAUUUUCUGGAAACUUUUGAAACGCCCCGAAACUGAAACGAGGACUGCCAACUGAGGAAUCGACCUCUGAUUACUCCAAUAAAAUAUCAUGACAUAAGUUCUUUCAC